UAUUCGCGAGGGAUGCAAAAUGGUGCGCGUGGGCCAACAGGGAGAAAACCACAACAGCUGUCGCCAGACGCCAGCGACCGCACCGCGAGACGCGCGUAGGGUACACGAGGAACACGACGACAGGGCGAGUGGCCAUGCGGCCGGCGACACUCACCGAUACAUACGUGGAAGGAACAGGAACUCAUCAUCGAUAUCGCAUCCUCAUUCCUCUGCUUCUUCCACUCUUCAUCUUCACGGAUGCCAUGCCAUCGCCCUGCCAUCAUCGCCAAGCAAAGCCAGCGAAACCCUUCAGCUCCUCAACGCCAUUGCCUGCAUACCGUCGAUCGAUGGCGCCGCCGCCCAGCAAGUGCCGCCCCGCGCGCCUGAUGCGGUGCCGGUGCUGCGAGGACACGCUGGGCGUCCCGCGCCGCCGCGCCCAGCACCACCAGCUGCAGCAGUUCCCGGAGCUGCAGCUGCGGCUGCAAGAUGCGCCGCCGCCGCCUCGGCCCCGCCGGAUCGUGCUGGUGCGCCACGGCGAGAGCGAGGGGAACGUGGACGAGGCCGCCUACACGCGCGUCCCGGACCCGCGCAUCGGCCUCACCGCCAAGGGCCGGCGCGACGCCGAGGCCUGCGGCCGCCGCCUCCGGGACCUCUUCUCCUCCGACCGCGGCGCCGACGACUGGAAGGUCUACUUCUACGUGUCGCCGUACCGGCGCACGCUGGAGACGCUGCGCGGCAUCGCGCACGCCUUCGAGCCCCACCGCAUCGCCGGCGUCCGAGAGGAGCCGCGCAUCCGCGAGCAGGACUUCGGGAACUUCCAGGACCGCGAGCAGAUGCGCGUGGAGAAGGAGAACCGGCUGCGGUACGGCCGCUUCUUCUACCGGUUCCCCAACGGCGAGUCGGCGGCGGACGUGUACGACCGCAUCACCGGCUUCCGGGAGACGCUGCGCGCCGACAUCGACAUCGGGCGCUUCCAGCCGCCCGGGGAGCAGAGCCCCAACAUGAACGUCGUGCUCGUCUCCCACGGCCUCACGCUCCGCGUCUUCCUCAUGCGCUGGUACAAGUGGACGGUGCGGCAGUUCGAGGGGCUCGAGAACCUCGGCAACGGCGGCGCGCUCGUCAUGCAGACGGGGGAAGGGGGGAGGUACAGCCUCCUCGUCCACCACACCGCCGACGAGCUCAGGGCGUUCGGCCUCACCGACGAGAUGCUGCAGGACCAGCUGUGGCAGAAGACGGCGAAGCCAGGAGAGCUCAACUACACGUUCAUGACCAACGGACAGUCAUUCUUCGAUCGAUUCACAAACCACACAGAAUAUAGCUAGCAAUAAUUAAUACCUAAUAUAUAUAUAUAUAUAUGUACACAGGAUC